AGUUGCAUCAUGUAAAAGCUGAAAAUGUCAAUAAACCAUCUUUUUUAGGCACGACAACCUUAAAUCACCCCAGCUGCCACACGUGUAGGCAACGUGACUCUGUCCCCGACAGCGUUAAAGGCUGCCAGUACUUUUCACCAGUUGGACAUUUUAAAUAUUUAAGGGAGAGAUCCUAACUGAUUGGUAUAACUUCAACAUUUCAAAGACAACGUCUAACUCUUAAAAUUGGACGUUUGGCUGCUGCUACUCUUUUCCAACUCAUCCAUCUCAACUGUCGUGUGGUCGAGCAAACCGAUAGAAUCUACAGUGUCACUGUUUGGAUGCACAGAUCACCUGCAGUGGAAAAUGUUACUUAUGUAUGUAAAGCCUGCUUCUACAGGCACACAGCAUGUUAUCAGCACCAUACAUGCAGGGGGGCUUUGUUAAGUCUGUUUUGUAUUUCUGUUGAUUAACAAGGGCAACGUUUUUAGAUUAAUUAACAAAAUAGAAAAAGAAUUGUGUCACUUGAAACGGUGUCAAAGGGAUGGCGGCGCCCUAAUUAAUGGUCAUUCUAGCCCCAGCUUUGAGUUACACAGGAGCUGCCUGUCAAACAGAUAACCCUGUUAGAGGAAUGUCACCUGCCUCAGUCUCAGGCAUGCAUGCAGCCGCUCGUGCUUGUGAAGUGGAUUUACCAACACAAUGCUCACGAACUAUUUGAGUAGCUUGUGAGUAUUAAUUUCUAUUCGAAGACAAUGCCUUUUUAAUAGUUACUUUUUUAUAUUGUGAUUUGGAAAUCUGACCAUAGGAUGGCCACCUCAAAUGCAAAAGGUGAAAAAGUGUCCAAAUUUGAGACAUUGAAACUAUUGGAGAAAUGCAGAAAGGAAAGAGACGAUGCCUUGCACAGAGAGAACGUCCUCAGAGAGAAGCUCAGACAGUAUGAGUCGAGGAUGCGUUCAACUGAGGCUCUGAAACAGAAACUCAAGACCUUGACCAUGGACAACAAAGAGCUGAGGAAACAAGUGAAGACUCUUCGCACUGAGAUUGGACUUGAGUGCAGCCCCAAGUUCAAUGGAAAGACCACAAAGGACAUAAUCAAUGACUUGCAUGAAAAGGACCGUGAGUGCAUUUCCCUGGUGGAGAAGGCUGGGAAACUGAGUCUGACCAUUGAUGACUUGACUUCAGAGUUGGCAAAUACAGUCACCUCUAAAACACUAUUAGAGGAUCAAGUGCAGUCACUGCAGCAAAAUCUCAAGGAUAUGACAAAUAAUCAGCGCCGCUUGCUGAAGCUAUGGGAAGACAAGAAGGUCCAGAGGGAGCAGCUUGCCCUCCCUGCAAUAGCUCAGAAACCUGGACAGAAACCAUUUGUCCAUAAAGCAGUUCAAACUGAGAUGUCUGUCAGUGCGUCCCAAAAGCUCCCCGUCAAUGCUUUUGAGGCCAAACCAUUCUCUCGGGAAAAUGAUAAAAAGACUGUUUUGGAUAAACACAGUUUUCCAGCGUAUGGAAAUGGCUUUCAUCAUGACAAGAAAGCUUUCAUGCAUGAUGAAAGUAAAGGAAUUAAGAAUUGAUUCGCCUCAUUGACUGACAGCCUGUAGCACUCUGCGCUGACAAAGCAGAGAUACAGCAAAUAAUUACAGGACUAAUGUGUGAUAUACAUGUAAAUAUGAACAAACAAGUAAAAACUGAUACAAUUUAAACAAUGAAAAGCUGAUUAAUGGCUUGUCUUGGUGCCUUGUGU